UGUGGGGACAGAGCUGGAGGAAAGCGUGUGCAAGGAGUAAGGUGGCUCUGUGGACAUGUCACAGUCCACUCUGGGACCCUGAUCAAGCCGCUGGACAAGACUUGACAUAAUGCACAAGAUGAGGACUCAGGUUGGAGUUUUGUUUUUCUUGGCUCAUGGGUUGGUCUACUCUGAUGCUUGGUUCUGGUCAUGGACUGGUACCACAACUUUGGCCCCAACAAUGGACUAUGAAGGGUCUGGCAGUCCAGCAGGUAGUGGAGAACAGCCAACAGAAGACAUGAUUGGAGCACAGAUCAUUGAUGAAGGACAUGGGAUCCAAGUGACUGGGCAGACGUGGGUUGAGCCCACCGAGUCUGCUCUGCUGACCACUACAACACAACUGGAGAAUGACGGGGCAUCAGAAAAAAUGGCCACAAUGGGAAUUUCGUCACCCAUAAGUAAACCUGAAGACAGUGGUGUCUCCCUUCUGCAGCUGAUCGGGGACCCUCCCCCCAGUGAGAUCACACAGGUCUUCGGGCCUGACAACAGCCCCGGAUAUGUUUUCGGCCCCGAUGCCAACACGGGCCAGCUGGCACGCGCCCACCUGCCCAGCCCGUUCUACCGAGACUUCUCCCUUAUCUUCAACCUGAAGCCCACCUCUGACAGGGGCGGAGUCAUCUUCUCUGUCACGGACGCCUCCCAGCAGAUCAUCUAUGUGGGCGUCAAGCUAUCGCCCGUGCAGGGCGGCAACCAGAAUGUCAUCCUGUACUACACGGAACCCGACUCGCAACAGUCGUAUGAGGCGGCCACGUUCCUUGUGCCCUCCAUGAGGGAUACCUGGACCCGCUUCGCCAUCGCUGUGAGGGACGACAAGGUGAUGUUCUACCUGAACUGUGACACAGACCCUCGGGUGGUGCGCAUCGAGAGGUCCCCGGAUGAGAUGGAGCUGGAGGCGGGUGCCGGAAUCUUUGUUGGCCAAACUGGAGGAGCGGAUCCUGCCAAGUUUCUGGGGGUGAUCGGUGAGCUGAGGGUGGUGGGAGACCCCCGUGCCGCUGGGAGACACUGUGAAGAGGAUGAGGACGACUCAGAUAUGGCUUCAGGCGAUGGAAGUGGCUAUGAGGAACCGAGACCCACAAGACCAGCCGUGGAGAAACACAGAUUGACGACUACUCCUCCAUCCUCUCGGCCCAUUCAGCAGCCACCACUGACCAGCAAAGAGCAGGCGUCCGCUGGGAGGGAGACGGCAAGUGACAACCAGCACGUUUCAGUUUCUGUGGAGUCCAGGCUCGGACUUCCUGGGUCAGCAGGAGCGGCUGGGGCUAAAGGAGACAAGGGCGACCAAGGGGACAGAGGAGAGAAAGGAGAGAGGGGUCCAAUUGGGUCGAAGGGAGAAUCAGGCUCUGGUUCCGGCUCACGGGGUGGAGCCCGCGGAGAGAAGGGUGAACCAGGAGAAAAGGGAUUGAAGGGCAGUGCAGGCUUUGGCUACCAAGGAACGAAGGGUGAUGCCGGCCUCCCUGGGGCCCCCGGCCCCCCCGGCCCUCCAGGGCCUGCAACCGAAUUUUCAGUAGGCAAUGACGGCGCAGUUGUUUCGAGUGCCCCUGGACCCCGAGGACCAGCUGGACCACAAGGUGUCCCGGGCCCCCAGGGACCACCAGGAGCUGAUGGCGAUCCUGGUGAUCCUGGUGAGGAUGGAAAAAUUGGUCCUGAUGGACCUCCAGGCUUCCCAGGAACACCAGGCGACUCUGGAUCCAAAGGAGAGAAGGGAGACCGUGGAGAGGGUCAACCUGGCCCCAGGGGGGUCCCAGGCCCUCCCGGGCCCCCCGGACCAGGAAUGAGAUCUACUUUUGUGGAUAUGGAAGGCUCAGGUUUCCCGGACUUGGAAUCCAUCCGGGGACUACCUGGGCUACCAGGUCCCCCUGGUCCCCCUGGGCCUCCUGGUCUCACCACAGGCGGCACAUCACUGAGUUCUGGGGCAUUUGGACCGCCAGGAAAGGAUGGGGCACCCGGUCAACCUGGCUUGCCUGGUUUACCAGGUACCGAUGGCCUCCCAGGAGCUCUCGGUCCCAAAGGAGAGAAGGGUGAUUCAGGCGAGCUGGGUCUUCCAGGAGUAGCUGGAGAGAAGGGAGCUCGAGGAGACCUUGGUUUACCGGGACCUGCAGGAGAGUCCGGACUGGCGGGUCUGCCUGGACCCAUCGGACCAGUUGGGCGACCUGGGCCUCCCGGGCCUCCUGGACCAAGUUAUCGCGUUGGAUUUGAUGACAUGGAGGGCUCAGGAGGAGGUUUCACCAAUGGACUACCUGGCGUCAGAGGACCAGAAGGAAGACAGGGUCCUCCCGGCUUUCCUGGACUUCCGGGUAAACCUGGGUUGCCAGGCAUACCGGGUCAGAAGGGCGGCGAAGGUCCUGCAGGACGAGAAGGGCGACCCGGGCUGGACGGCUUCCAAGGACCUCAGGGACCAAAGGGCGACAGCGGUGACAAAGGAGAGAGGGGAGACCAUGGUCGAGAUGGAACCGGACUCCCAGGUCCACCAGGCCCACCUGGACCACCGGGACAGAUCAUCUACUCCACACCUGGCAAUUUCGACGGAGUCGGCGGCAGCGUUGGGCCUCAGGGCGGACCUGGUCUACCUGGUCAAGCUGGAUUCCCUGGUCCUGUUGGACCAAAGGGUGACAGAGGGGACCCUGGCUCUCCUGGCUUCGGAGUGAAGGGUGACAAAGGUGAGCCCGGCUCAGUGAUCGGACCUGAUGGAAAUCUGCUGUAUCUGGACGGCUUGAGUGGUCUGAAGGGAGACAGAGGACCUUCUGGUCCUGUUGGCCCUCCUGGCCAGUAUGGGCCUCCUGGAAUAAAGGGUGAAAUCGGAAUGCCUGGCAGACCUGGUCGCCCUGGUGUAAAUGGAUACAAGGGUGAGAAAGGAGAUGCGUCAACUGGUGCUGGCUAUGGCUACCCAGGAGUCCCUGGCCCUGCAGGACCACCCGGACCACCCGGACCCCCCGGGCCCACCAUUCCUCUAGACCGCUUCAACCGAUAUGAUGACGCUUCAAGGAAUUACCCAGUAGUUAAAGGGGAAAAAGGAGAACGUGGCGAUCGAGGAACUCCAGGGAUCCCAGGAACAGCUUCCAAUUUUGAUAUUUACACAUUCAAGAAUGAAAUGAAGGGACAGAGCGGAGACUCAGGUGUGAAGGGAGAAAAGGGAGAGCCUGGCGGUGGAUACUAUGACCCACGAUUUGGAGGAGUGCAGGGUCCACAGGGGCCUCCUGGCAAACCAGGCCUACCGGGUCCAAAGGGAGAUUCCAUAAUAGGCCCAUCUGGGCCCCAGGGACCACCAGGGCAGCCGGGCAUUGGUUACGAUGGACGUCAGGGUCCUCCAGGACCACCCGGACCUCCAGGACCUGCAAGCUCGCAUCCCGGAGCAUACAGGCCCAAUCACUCCGCCAGUGUCCCCGGACCUCCCGGUCCCCCUGGCCCGCCUGGAACUCCUGGUCACUCCUCUGGUAUUACAGUUUUGAGGUCGUACGAAACCAUGAUGGCCUCCGCCAGACGCCAGGCAGAAGGCAGCCUCAUCUACAUCAUAGACAAAUCAGACCUGUAUUUAAGAGUACGCGAUGGACUGCGGCAAGUCAUGCUCGGAGACUACCGGCCCUUCUUCAGAGAUCUGGAGAACGAGGUGGCCGAGGUCCAGCCUCCGCCUGUCAUCCUGUACCCCCAGUCCCAGGACCAGUCCCACAACAACAACGGCGCUGGCCAUUAUUCGCAGGGCGGCUCCGCCAUACGUCCCAUUGAGCCCCCGCCGCACCCGCCUGUAGACCCCGUAUACCCGCCACAGUACGAUCCCAGGUUCCCAGACCCCAGACAGACGGGUCAGACGGACGGGAGGCCGGCCACCCAAAAGACUGAGCACAGAUACCCGGUCACUCCGCAGAGACGACCCAGCCUGCCUCUUCCACAGCCCUUCGGACACGUGGACGUAUCGGGAUCAGGGCUGCAUCUCAUCGCCCUGAACGCCCCUCAGACCGGGAACAUGCGAGGAAUCCGCGGAGCAGACUUCCUGUGCUUCCAGCAGGCCCGGGCCGUGGGCCUGAAGGGAACCUUCAGAGCAUUCCUGUCCUCCAAGCUUCAGGACCUCUACACCAUUGUCCGCCGGUCGGACCGGGACAGCCUCCCCAUCCUGAACCUCAAGGACCAAGUGUUGUUCAGCAGCUGGGAGUCCAUCUUCGGUGACAAUACGAGCAAAAUGAGGGAGAACGUACCAAUCUACUCGUUCGAUGGAAGAGAUAUCAUCAGGGACAGCGCAUGGCCCGAGAAAAUGGUCUGGCAUGGAUCAAGCAACAAAGGCCACAGGCAAAUGGACCACUACUGUGAAACAUGGCGGGCCGGCGACCACCCCGUGACGGGCCUGGCCUCGUCGCUGCAGAGCGGCCAGCUCCUGCAGCAGACCUCCAGCAGCUGCUCCGGCUCCUACAUCGUUCUCUGCAUCGAGAACGCCAUCAUAUCACACUCCAAAAAAUAAAUCCUGUCCGUCCUCCUUUUGUUGUUUUUGUUUUUCUUGUUUCGUUCUGGGCCCUAGUUAAACACAGUUUUACUGUCCAAGCAGACAUGUGUUUUUUUUUAAAUUUCCUGAUCACACUCCUUGUGAACACGUGGCGUCCAGUGAACUGGCCCUUCCGAUCUUCGCUUGGCAGAGACGCCUUGCAUCGUCUGCUCCUCCCCUCCACAAACGCCAAAGAAAUGGGUCGAACAGAGCGGGGGGGCUCGACCCUCGUUCUUGGGGGCACUGGCAAAUAUUUUAGGGGGUAGAUCGACAGCGGAGAAGCUAACGCCUUCUCAAAUUGUAUCCAUUUGUUUUUUAAAUUCUGUAUAUUACAUGUUUGUUGUACGUUCUUUUUGUUUUAUUUGAUGUUAUCAAUGUUUUACCUUUUGAACUGUUUCAAAAAAUGCUAUAUCCAUCCAGUUGUUUUUUUUCCUAUUUUAGGUAUGAAUCAUUUCCACAUUUUUUACAAUUUCAUUUUAGAAUUGUGGGUUAUGAUGGGGUACAGCAAAUGUUUAAGGACUAUUUUAAAUUUAAAGAAAAUAGAUAUUUAUUUUUAAAUGAAGUUAUGUAAGACAAACAAAAUUACUAGGGGAAAAAAAAGAAGCUUAAUACCCUCAUUUAUAUUCAACACAGCACAAAAAACAUUUAAUUCUCUUUCAAAAACAGCUUCCGAUCGGAAACUGUUCCUGAUCGCACAGCCUGGACUGCCUAAGGCAGAAAUCACACCACUUCCUCCGUGUUACAUCAUUCCACAAAUGUCACAGUGACUUUUGCUCCUUCGGAUUCUUUUUCUUUACCCCGAAUCUAAACGACCUUGUUGUAGACACAGACACCACUGUGAUGAAUCAGCUGAAUCUAAAAUGAUUGUUUCACCACUUUUCUAAAAAAGCAGGAAACCAGUAGAGUAAGCUGGGAAUGAUUAGUGUGCUGCUAAUCUGUGGUGGAGUGAUUGUUGUCACGGGUGUUAGGGACAAGACAACCCAGUUUGUAAAGCAGGCAGGGUUGUUGGUUUUUUUUUUUACAGUAGCUUUCUGUUGAAUUUCAGAGACUAACUUGGCCUUAGUGCUACUGAUGUGCUGACUGAACCUGUGGUGUCCAUUUUUUUUUCUAAAUAACAAAAAAUGUGCUGUACUGUUUCUCCCAGGCACUGAACCGAAUUAAAGUCUUUAAUUUCAA